GACCUUGGCGACUUUGGCAUCGCACCGCGCAAGGUCGUGACCACCGACAAAUUUGCCGGAGAAGGGAAGCCGCCCAAGAGACCGGCAGCCAGCGCUGGGCCCAGCGUCAUACCCGGGGACCACCCGCUACAGGACCUGAUCGUGCCAAACAAUGAGUCAAUUGGGGCGCGGCUCCUCCGGAAGAUGGGUUGGAGGGAGGGGCAGGGCGUGGGGCCAAAGGUCAGGAGAAGGAAGAGGGCGAGCGCCCCCAGUGGUCCUGAGGGGAAAGUAUCCAUGAGUGUUGACGAUGAUGAAGAUGGCGAGUUCUACAAGGACUUCCUCUUUGCGCCCGCUGAUGUUGAGGAGAUCACACUCUUGGCCAAAGACGACCACCGCGGCAUCGGGUACCGAGGGUUGGACCCAGCCCUGGCGGGCAUGGGGCAGCACUUCUCACUGUUCAAGGAGCAGCCGGCGUAUAGUCGCAGCGGAAGGCGGGGCAUGUCUGGAAAGGCCUUUGGUGUGGGUGCAUUUGAGACUACCGAUGACGAUAUAUACGCCGUAGACAGUAUGGCCAACUAUGACCGCGUCCUCGGAGGGGAGGAGCCAGGAGGGGGCACCUAUGGUUGGACGGCGCCCAAAAGUCACGGCAAAGGAAACAAAGGAGUGUUAGAUAAUUUCAAGUCUUCAGCGCAAGCACGACCCCCGAAUAAGGUAUUUCCACCGCCAGUGCUGCCCAAGGGCUUCCGCCCCUUCCACAUAUUCGAGAGCUCCAGCAGCAAGGAGAACAGGCCUCCUCAGGCCUCAGCUGCGACAGACUUCAAAAGCAGUCGGUUCCUGCUGAGCGCCACGCAGCGUGGCGCCCUGCUGGGCGAAGAACAGCUGCCCGGCCCAUCAUAUGUCUUUGAUUUCCUCUCCCCGGAGGAUCGUCAGAAGUUGAAGAGCGGUGCUGUGUCUAGUCCGGACGAAACAGCCCCGGACCGAACCCGCCAUGCCCCGAGCCCCGCCCUGGCCACGCCUACCGCUAUAGACCCUCGGCGUCUGCAGGCUUUGGGUUCCGGGUUCAAGCUCUUUGCCAGAGACGCUGCCAAACAGCAGAGAUAUGAAGAAUACUUGGCCAGACGGAAAAGUGGAAAAGACUUGGACGCAGCACCACCUGCCUGUGAUCUAACGGAAUGGGAGAGGCAGAGGGAGGCGGAGGAGUUCGUCCGCGCUGCCUCCCUCUACCAGCCCCUAACCGGCCUGAUGGCCACGCGGUUCGUCGCCGCCAAGCACAAGGACGACGAGGACACCGUGGACGUCCCAGCUGAGGAAGGGGGGGACAAGUCACAGCAAGCCCAGGCGGCCGAGAUGAAGAUGUUUGGCAAGUUGACCCGCGACUCGCUGGAAUGGCACCCGGACAGCCUACUUUGCAAACGCUUCAACGUCCCCAACCCGUACCCUGGGUCAUCUGUCAUCGGUUUACCCACAGUAAAGAAAGACAAGUUCUCAGUCUUCAACUUUCUCUCCAUGGCCCAACCAGCCAGUGAGGUGACAGCGCCCUCAACCUCCACGCCCGCCGAGACUGGGCGCGAUGGAGGUCAGGAGCCGAAGGACAAGCCAUCGCGGUGGGACCGAAGACCCGCCCUCCUAGCAAAUGUGGGUGCGUCUCCAGACAUCGAGGGCAGGGCUUCAACUGGCCAGGCACCUGUAGAGCGCGGGAAUCCUGACGAAGCGGAUCCCGAGACCCGACCGCCCAUGGACCUCUUCAAGGCCAUCUUUGCCGACUCCAGCUCCAGCUCAAGUGACGAGGACGACGUGGAAGGCGCGGAGGAAGGAGUCACAGAGGGCGCGAAGGAGACGCCCAGCAGGCAAGAGCAACGCCAGGAAGAUGUUGAUCCAGGGAGGCCAUCUCACCCCUCUGGUACUUCCGCAGCAGACUGCGGCCACCCCCUUGGAAUGCCAACAGCGAGCAAUACUACGAAUUCCCCUCAAAUCACAGCCAGAAAUGGAAGUGGAGUCCAGACUCCCCCCGUGGACUCUGGGUCAGACUCCGAGGAGAUGUACGGCCCCAGCCUACCCCCGCCUUCCUCUGCCUCUGUCAAGGCCGUCCCUUACAGUGCGGGGGUCAGAGGUCAGGCGCCUGCGGGGUCGCGAAAGGACCCCAGGGGAGACGGCAGACAUUCCAGAAGCCACAGGAAGGAGAAGCGAAGGAAAAAGCAGGGGAGUCGGAGUGGCAGCAACAAAGACAAAAAGAAGUCCAAGAAGAAAAAGAAAACAAAAAAAAAGAAGAGCGAAACGGGACACAGAGGUCAUCACAGAUCAUCUUCCAGGUCAGAUCAUCGGGGUCGUGACCUGUCACCGUCUAAUUCUGACUAUGAUGCCAGUGGAAGUAGUGGUUUAAGUAGCAGUUCUGAAGACUCUUGCUAACUGCAGUCGUUGUAUUUUUAAAAGGAUUGCGGGGUGGGGGUGGGGUGCAGGGGAGCAAAUAGUGGUGAAUAACGAAAAAAAGGACAUGCCGCCUGCCCUGGGCAGGAUCAAGAGAGGGCACAAUUUUCCAAGCAGUUGAGGCUCCUUUGAUUGGCACUGAUGUGUUGCUGUCGUGAGACAAUUUUUGUAUACAGUGCCGUGUCUCAGCAUCAAGCUCAUCUCUUGCUGCAGACAUUACUAGAAACCCAGCAAUUUUAUUUCUCAAGGGAUUCACCUCCCCAGAGCGCGGAAACUCAAUUUUGAUUUUUGGUUGACUCUUCACCUUUUUUAUUUGUUUUUGUGUAUUUAACAAAAAACAUUUUUGUUUUGUUUUAUAAUGCAUUGCCAACCUGCAGUGCGCUUCAGUCAGUAUUCAUCGUGGUAGGAUGCCAAAUAUUUGUUCUUUAAAGCAAGACAGGAUGGGAUAAGGAAAUGGGGUCGGCAAAUAUACUGUCGACACAAAAAUGACCACACCCAGUCAGCACUGACUGGUUUCAGACACUGCACGCGGUUUCGUAAAAAAAUAAAAGGCUUUUCUUUGUCCUUAACCGUAACCUGACUCGAUUCUCAAUUGUAAUAAAAGUCCAGUCAACGUCAUUCAAACAAAAAUGAAAUGUCUGAUUCCUUUUGUGGUUUGAAGGUAGUACGGAGAUGUAAGCGUGUAAAUGGUGCUAAUAAAUCGUGACACAACAAAGUUGACAAUGAA